CGUCCGGCUUCCGGGAAGCGGAAGCGGAAGUGCCGCCAUCUCCUCGUACCAGCCGAGGAACGGCAGGGUUAGUACUUACGUUAUUUGAGAAAGUAGCGCUAUUAUAUUCGCAAAAGCGGUUAUAUGACACGUUGUCUAUGUACAUGCCGAGCACGACUCGAGGGGCGAUAGUUGUGAAGGAAACCCGCUGUCGAGUCACUCUGUCACGCACUCACAGUUGUCUCUUUAUGAGUUGAGUUAGCAUAGCGCGGCGCUUUCGUCUCUAGAUGAGUAUUUUUAAUUUAGCGCCGUGACAGGCAACAGCGCGGUUUUUUAAUCCCGUCUUCACCGACAGUAACCCGCUUUCUGCUGUUCGGCUGGAUGUCUGGUGCUGUUUGAGAGAAAGAACAGAAGCCCAGCGUUAAAUCACCCCACAUCUGUGCUUCUGGGCCCUCAUGUGGCCGCCGUGCAGAGGUUUGGAACAUUGGACAGGCUAAACGCUGAGAGACCCGACCUGAGCACACACACAGAGAGAGCCUGAGAGGGGGGGAGAGAGACUGACACUCCCAGAUUUUGCAGAACCUGAUAGCCAGCCUGUUGCCAUGUCGACAUCAUCGCUGCGGCGACAAGUGAAGAACAUUGUUCACAAUUACUCAGAGGCAGAGAUAAAGGUUAGGGAAGCAACCUCUAAUGACCCAUGGGGUCCCUCUAGUUCUCUGAUGUCAGAGAUUGCCGACCUGACAUACAAUGUUGUGGCCUUCUCAGAAAUUAUGAGCAUGGUCUGGAAGAGACUCAAUGACCAUGGGAAGAACUGGAGACAUGUAUAUAAAGCUAUGACUCUAAUGGAGUAUCUGAUAAAGACGGGUUCAGAGAGAGUGGCACAGCAAUGCAGGGAAAACAUCUACGCUGUUCAGACACUCAAAGAUUUCCAGUACAUAGACAGAGAUGGCAAGGACCAGGGUGUGAAUGUACGGGAAAAGGCCAAGCAGCUGGUGACUUUGCUAAAAGAUGAGGAGAGGCUACGAGAGGAGAGGAUCCAUGCACUAAAGACCAAAGAGAAGAUGGCACAGACCAGCAGUGCAUCUUCGGCCCCUUCUGCUCCUGCUUUAGGGGGAGGACUGCACUCGGGAGCAGACCCUGAGCAGGCGUGGCCCCAGAGCUCUGGAGAGGAGGACCUGCAGCUCCAGCUGGCAUUGGCCAUGAGCAAGGAGGAGGCGGAGCAGACUAGCAAUGACCCUCUGGAAGAUGCAGAGCUCCGCUACGCAUUCACAGUCAGCCAGGAGACUCACCAAAAGGAGGAGCGUCUGCGCAGGGGAGACGACCUGAGGCUGCAGAUGGCCAUCGAGGAGAGUAAGAGGGAGAAAGCCAAGCCCGAGGAGUCAUCUCUGAUGGAGUUGAGUGGCGUAGAUCCAUGGGGGGCUCCUGCGACAGGCUCCGCAGGACCCUCUCCUCCUCCCGUUUUGGCUUCUGCGUCUACCGCUGGGCCAUGGGGCCCCGCUGACCCCUGGGGAGCCACCUCCCCUGCCUCUCCCCCAAGUACUGACCCCUGGGGAGGAGCACCGGCAACAGUAGCCCCGGACCCAUGGGGCGACUCGUCCUCUAGAGUUAACUCUGACCCCUGGGCGUCCACAGCUGUGACCCCUCCAAGUGCCGACCCUUGGGCUCCCUCAGUGGCUCCGGCCCCUACCCCGCUCUCAGGAUCAACCGAUCCCUGGGCAGCGGAAGGAGCUGCCCCUGCCACUGACGGUCUGACCUCUGACCCCUGGAGUGGCUCAGUUAAACAAACUAACGGCACAGCAGAUCCAGAGAGAAGAGGCUCCUCGGUGAUAGGAGGUGAUACUGGAGGUGGAGGCAGCACAGGCUCUCCCGUGCCUUUUGACCUUUCAUCGCUCAGUUCCUCCUUGCCGGUUCGAAAAACACCAGAGUCAUUCUUGGGUCCCAAUGCUGCGCUCGUGGAUUUGGACUCACUAGUAUCAUCAAAACCCAAACCUAAACAACCACCACCGCCAAGCAUCUCCUCCACAUCUCACAACCCCUUCCUACAGACACAGGGUCCCUCCUCAUCAGGUAUGGGAGUUACUCCGGGCAGUAACAUUUCCAGUAGAGGGGUGUCUCCGACCCCACCUUCUGCUUCUAAUCCUUUUGGCACGACACCGAUGGCAUCCAUCUCCCCUCAACCUUCUUCGCUCGGUCUAAACCAGCUCCGCACGAGCCCUGUUCCCCAGAAUCCUAUGCUGGGUCACAUGCCUCCACCAGCAGUGGGAAUGGUUCAGCCAGGGAUCGGCAUGCCAGGAAUGGGGGUCCCUAUGGUGGCCCCUGGUAUGAGCAUGGGAAUGGUACAAUCCAGCCCAAUGGGCAUGCCUUUUGGUGGAAUAUCCCCAAUGGGUCCUGCAGGAAAUCCCUUGCUAAUGGGCCCUGGAGGCCCUGCACCAUCUUCACUGAUUUUGGGUGGGCCGUCGGGGAUGGGCGGAGUAAUGGGAACAGGAGGAUCCAUGGGAGGUGGAACCACAGGCACAAGCACCAAUCCUUUCCUUCUUUGAGAGACUUCACCAAUCCCACGUGCCCUGUCCACUAAACAACCAAUCCAAACCUGCCCUACCAACACAAACAGUUCAUGUGUGA